AUUCAAUGAAGACAGAUAAAAGGCAGAAUUAUACUUCAUUUAUCUCAUUGCGUAAAUUGCUUUGCAAUUGAGAAUAUUUAUGAAAUAUUUGCUAAACUUAAAAGGUUACAUAUGUACAUAUAUUCAAUAAGCCUUCAAAAUGCAUUGCUAAGGUUUGUGAUAUUAUAUUUCAAAUGAAGCCAUUGUAUAAUAUCAUUUCGAUAAGACACCAUCCGAUUACUACGAUGUUAUCUCUAAAGUAAACAAAAAGGAAGGAAAUUGUACAUGUAACUUUAGUUUUUAUUUAGAUAUGUUGCUAAAUUUAAGUAUAUUGACGUUAAAUGUAUGGGGAAUCCCUUUUCCUUUUGUAUCAAAAGAUCGGGAGGAACGAAUAGCUGCUAUUGGAUUAGAACUUAGCUCUGGAAAAUAUGAUAUAGUGUCUUUACAAGAGGUUUGGUCUAGAAAAGAUUGCGAGAGCUUGAAAAAUGCUACCGAAGCUACGUUGCCGUAUGCCCACUAUUUUUACAGUGGCGUCAUUGGUUCAGGCUUGCUUGUAUUGUCAAAGUACCCUAUUAUAAGUUCUUUCUUUCAUCCUUGGAGUGUUAAUGGUUACUUUCAUCGCAUUCAGCACGCUGAUUGGUUUGGCGGUAAGGGUGUCGGGCUAUGUAGGAUCCUUGUCGAUAAACAUGUUGUUCAUUUGUACAAUACACAUCUACAUGCAGAAUAUAAUAACAACAAUGAUGACUACAAGACUCACCGCGUAAUUCAAGCUUUCGAUACAGCACAGUUCAUUCGUGCAACCAGAGGUGACUCUGUUUUGCAAAUACUUGCUGGGGAUUUAAAUGCUCAACCACAUGAUUUAACUUACAAGGUGCUUUUGUACACAUCCAAAAUGCAAGAUUGCUGCGCAUCGGAAAAUAUUGUAACGAACGAGUAUUAUAAAAACUCCUAUACAUCUACAAAUAGGUCUGGCAAGAAACCUUUAGGAGUUCAUAUUGAUCAUAUAUUCGUGAGAAAUUCGGAGCUUUUUGACCUUUCGGUCAUUGAUUAUGAAUUACCAUUAACCGAUCCAGUACCGGGUCAAAGUUUCAGUUAUUCCGACCACGAAGCCGUUUUAACAAAGUUGCAUUUAAGAGAUGUCCGACCAUCUGCAGCGGAAGGAGAAUCUUCUAUACUUAAUAAUCUUAUGAAAAACGAAAGGCACGAAAAUAAUGAAGUUUGCCAAACAUCGUCAAAGACUGAUGAGUGUCACAUCUCGAGACGUGUUGCUGUGUUACACGAAUCAAUUUCAUUAUGUGAAUCAUCAUUGGAUCAACUGAAUGUGGAUCGUAUAUUUUAUUACAGUGUCGGAGUUAUUCUGGCGUUUAUUUUGGUUGUUUUCUUGGAAUACCCAGCACCCUUAGGAUUUAAAACUUUUUAUAUCAUUUUAAAGUUUUUGAUAUCUGGAAUUUUAAUGUUUUGCAUUUUCAUGGGAUCUGUAUGGAAUUAUAUGGAAUUGAAUGGCAUACUAUCCGGAAAAGUAGCAAUGGAAUUAAUGCUGAGAUCCAUUGAAAUUUUUGAAAACGUUCCGAAGCAUUGAAAAACUACAUAGUUUAUGUAUUACUGCUGAAGAUUUAAAUACUUCAUAAUUUAUUCCAACUCCAUAAAUAGGCUCAACAUGCAUAUUUACAUAAUUAAGAUCGAUAAAUAUAGUGUAUACAAUAU